AUGUGCAAGCCAAGCGCCACCACCACUAUCGGUAGUGUGGGUAUGCGUGUUGGUAUGCGUGUGGGUAUGCGUGUGGGUGUGGAUGUGCGUGUGGAUAUGCGUGUGGGUAUGCGUGUGGGUAUGCGUGUUGGUAUGCGUGUGGGUGUGGAUGUGCGUGUGGGUAUGCGUGUGGGUAUGCGUGUUGGUAUGCGUGUGGGUGUGGAUGUGCGUGUGGGUAUGCGUGUGGGUAUGCGUGUGGGUAUGCGUGUGGGUAUGCGUGUGGGUAUGCGUGUUGGUAUGCGUGUUGGUAGGCGUGUGGGUGUGGAUGUGGGUGUGGAUGUGCGUGUGGAUAUGCGUGUGGGUAUGCGUGUGGGUAUGCGUGUUGGUAUGCGUGUGGGUGUGGAUGUGCGUGUGGGUAUGGGUGUGGGUAUGCGUGUUGGUAUGCGUGUGGGUGUGCGUGUGGAUAUGCGUGUGGGUAUGCGUGUGGGUAUGCGUGUGGGUAUGCGUGUUGGUAUGCGCGUGGGUGUGUGUGUGGAUGUGCGUGUGGAUAUGCGUGUGGGUAUGCAUCGUGUUGGUAUGCGCGUGGGUGUGUGUGUGGAUAUGCGUGUGGGUAUGCGUGUGGUUGUGCGUGUGGUUGUGCGUGUGUGUGUGGAUAUGCGUGUGGGUAUGCGUGUUGGUAUACGUGUGGAUAUGUGUGUGGGUAUGCGUGUGGAUAUGCGUGUGGAUAUGCGUGUGGGUAUGUGUUCGGAUAUGCAUGUGGGUAUGCGUGUGGAUAUGCGUGUGGGUAUGCGUGUGGGUAUGCGUGUGGGUGUGGAUGUGCGUGUGGAUAUGCGUGUGGGUAUGCGUGUGGGUAUGCGUAUGGGUAAGCGUGUGGGUGUGGAUGUGCGUGUGGAUAUGCGUGUGGGUAUGCGUGUUGGUAUGCGUGUGGGUGUGGAUGUGCGUGUGGAUAUGCGUGUGGGUAUGUGUGUGGGUAUGCGUAUGGGUAAGCGUGUUGGUAUGCGCGUGGGUGUGUGUGUGGAUGUGCGUGUGGAUAUGCGUGUGGGUAUGCGUGUGGGUAUGCAUCGUGUUGGUAUGCACGUGGGUGUGUGUGUGGAUGUGCGUGUGGAUAUGCGUGUGGGUAUGCGUGUGGUUGUGCAUGUGCGUGUGGAUAUGCGUGUGGGUAUGCGUGUGGGUAUACGUGUGGAUAUGUGUGUGGGUAUGCGUGUGCGUGUGCGUGUGGGUAUGCGUGUGGGUGUGCGUAUGGUUGUGCGUGUGCGUGUUGAUAUGCGUGUGGGUAUGCGUGUUGGUAUACGUGUGGAUAUGUGUGUGGGUAUGUGUGUGGGUAUGUGUUCGGAUAUGCGUGUGGGUAUGCGUGUGGUUAUGCGUGUGGGUAUGCGUGUGGGUAUGCGUGUGGGUAUGCAUGUUGGUAUGCGUGUGGAUAUGCGUGUGGGUAUGUGUUCGGGUAUGCGUAUGGGUAUGCGUGUGGGUAUGCGUUCGGAUAUGCGUUCGGAUAUGUGUGUGGGUAUGCGUUCGGAUAUGCGUGUGGGUAUGCGUGUGGGUAUGCCUGUGGGUAUGCGUGUUGGUAUGCGUGUGGGUAUGCGUGUGGGUAUGCGUGUGGGUAUGCGUGUGGGUAUGCGUGUUGGUAUGCGUGUGGGUAUGCGUGUGGAUAUGCGUGUGGGUAUGCAUGUUGGUAUGCGUGUGGGUAUGCGUGUGGGUAUGCGUUCGGAUAUGCGUUCAGAUUUGUGUGUGGGUAUGCGUUCGGAUAUGCGUGUGGGUAUGCGUGUGGGUAUGCGUGUGGAUAUGCGUGUGGGUAUGCGUGUGGCCUCGAUUUACGGUGAUGGCUAUGUGCAGCUCAAGGCGGUGGAGUCUUCGAACCGUAACUCCCUGCGUGUUCGCUUCCGUACCUCCAGCCCCCACGGCCUGCUCUUCCUCGCUGCCGGCCAUACAGACUACCUUUUAGUGGAGCUGAACUCUGGAUGCCUGCAGGUGAAGCUGGACUUGGGGUCCGGUGAGUGUUUGCUACGGUCUGAGAGUAGCACCCAGCUAAAUGACCUGGCCUGGCACACUGCUGAGCUCCUCCACGACCGCCACAAUGUCACCCUGACCGUGGACCAGCACUCCCACACCAGCCUCAGAAUGCCAGGGCAUGGGUCUCAGAAACAGGAGCUGAGCAUCCAGGAAGGGCUGUACAUCGGCGGCUCUGGAGGCCUGGACAAGCUCUACCUCCCCAGUGACCUGACUGGUUUCCGAGGGUGUAUGGAUGAGGCUGUCUUCAACGAGCACGAUAUGUUAUCGUCGUUGAGACCUUACGCAGGAUUCAAAAGCGUCUAUGAGGUUUAUUUGGGCUGUAGUCCCCAGUUCUUCGCUAACGAGGAGGACCCUGUUAGUUUCUUUAGUUCUAGAGCGUAUGUCUCCCUGCCACCCUGGAAUAUCUCCCACGUCCAUCAGGAGGCUCUGUUUGAGUGUGUGGUUCACACCUCAGCUAAAGAGGGGAUCAUCCUGUAUAACUCAGCCAGACAGGGGGGGUUUGUGGCAGUUGAGAUCCAAGAGGGGUUGCCUGUGGCCCUCGUGGGUAAAGGAGACACCAAAACAGAACUCCGCUCCCUUACCUUCGUCAAUGACAGGAACUGGCAUUCAAUCAAACUGUUCUUCAGCCCCAAGACCCUCCAGCUGACAGUGGAUGAGGAGACGGUAAAGACUAGCAUCAGCUCUCGCUCCAAGGGACUACAGCUGAGGGGUUCUGUCUUUGUUGGGGGCAUUGACGACAACACGCGCUCAGAAGUCCGGAAGAUGGGUCUGGUGUCUGUGUCAGGGAAGAGGGUCAGAGGAGGCUCGUUCAAGGGCUGUCUGAGGGACAUGAAAGUCAACGGGGUGAAGAUGGGUCUGCCCAACGCUGCUGUCACGAAGGAUAUCUCUGUGGGCUGCGGGCCAGAGAAAGAACCAGAGCCCUCGACCACGAUGAGUCCAAUGACUCUUCCGACUGUCCCCAAGUCCCACUUCGAUCCCACUUUCGUCACCCCCACACCAGAAUUCCCCAUGUCUACUCUGGACAGGGGGCUGGACAAGAGGUAUGGGAUGAACUUCGUGCUGCUCAGGAACCUUGUGGUCCCUGAGGGAGGACGUGGAUCUCUGGAAUCCAAAAACAUCAAGGUUCUCCUGGACUUCAAGAAGCUCCGAAUACGGCAGUCCCAGAUCAUGUUCCGGAUCCAAGAGCAGCCGGUGCACGGUCAGAUCAGACUGGAUGUAGACCAGGACCAAGAGGAGAACACCUUCAGCAUGCUGGACCUGUGGUACGGCAAGGUGAUGUACAUCCACGGAGGAUCAGAGAACCCAGAAGACUUCUUCACCUUUUCUAUCUUCUCCAGCAGCAGGAAGGAGGUUCCUGACUAUCUGAAAGGGACCAGGAUGUAUCGCUACAACAUCACAGUGAUGCCCAUCAACGACGCCCCAGAGCUCAGCCUGCCCCAGGGGAACCUUUUCAUUCUGUUGGAUAACUCUAGAAAACACCUGACCACGGAGGUGUUGAAGGCCACAGACAUCGACAGCAACCACACCAACCUAAUCUUCUCCGUCCUGGGAAAUCUGAACACUGAUGCAGGUUACCUGGAGGUGGAAGACAACCCCGGCGCUGCAGUGACCACGUUCUCCCAUUCUGACCUAAAUGAAGGGAAGGUGAACUAUGUCCACACUGGGGCGAGGAACUCCAGGAUCGUCCUGAGGGUCAGUGAUGGAGACAAGGUGAGCAAUACGGUUGUGCUUAGGAUCAUGGCCAUUGGGUUGGAGUAUAAGAUCGGCAACAACACCGGGCUUGAGAUAACUCAGGGUGAGGUGUCUGUGAUCAGUAACAAGCACCUGGCCAUUCAGACCAAUGCUGUGAAGCAGGUGGUGGACAUCCGAUAUGAUGUUGUCGAGCCCCCUCAGUAUGGUGAGCUGCAGAGGCUUCACUCCAGCGGUGAAUGGAAGCCCACCGGUUCCUUCUCCCAAAGGCUGCUGGAGAAAGAACGCCUUCGGUACCUCAGCACUUUCCAAGAAAUCCAGACAGCAAAUGCUACGGAUUACUUCAAAUGCAAGGUCACUGUAGCUGGUAGGGUCGAUACUGAACUGGUCUUCCCCAUCACUGUGAAGUGGGUACAUUAUAACCUAGUAAGGAAUGUAAUGGCCGACAUUGAUAAAGUUCGGAAAGUGACGUUGGACUCGCAGUAUCUUUAUGCCACUGUGGACGUUGUGACACUAUCAGAGGAUGAUCUGCACUUCAGAGUUCUAUCCUCACCAAAGAAAGGACAACUUCUGCUUGUUAACAAGUUACUGAAGAAAAACUCAACAUUCAGCCAAAGGAAUGUCACUGAUCUAAAGGUACAAUACGAACUGGUGGACAGAACGUGCGAAGACACGAGCGACACGUUUAAAUUCCAAGUGUUCUCCAAACAUGCUCAAACGCAAAGUUACGAUUUCCAGAUCUCAAUAAAAGCCGAUGUCAAUAGCGUAUUUAUAAGAAAUUAUGGACUUUUGAUUAAGGAGGGAGAGAGUAAACUCAUCACAAAGGCCGAGUUGUUUGCAGAGACUCUCAACACCAAGGAGAUGUACUACACUGUCACAAGUAGCCCCAAACACGGGAAUCUUCAACGCAUCAACCUGUCCAACUCCAAAACCAGUUACAACAUCAUCCAAACGUUCAGCAAUCAGGAUCUCUUGGAGGAGCGCGUCAUGUUCAUUCACGACGACACAGAAACCACUCAGGACCAGUUCACAUUCAUAGCCUCCACUAGUCAGGAGUCCAAAUCCUCCGUCACGGACGACGAAGUCGGCUCUAAAGAAGGGACGUUCAACAUCUCCAUCCAGCUAGUUAAUGACGAGAAGCCAGUGCGCAUUGUCGAUAAAGUUUUCCAUGUGGUGAGGGAUGGGCAGCGGUUGCUCACCCUGGACGAUCUAUGUUACCAUGAUGCAGACUCGGACUUCAGCGAUGGGCAGUUGGUCUACACGCGACGGGGAAUCCCGAUGGGAGACCUGGUUCUGGUGAACGACACCUCUCGCAGGCUGUUCCAGUUCACCCAGAAGGACCUGGAAGAGAAGAGAGUGCUGUUCCUCCAUCGAGGCGUGAGCUCCGGACGCUUCGUGCUCUUCGUGUCCGACAGGAAACACUUUGUCUCCACUCUGCUAGAUGUCACUGCCGAAGACCCUUUCCUAAGACUCGGCAACAACACAGGUCUGUUAGUCCAGAAGGGACAGGAAGUGACCCUAACCACAGGUAACUUCAGCGUGCUCACGAACCUCGACAUCCGAGACGACAGCGAGGUCACAUACAAGGUGUCCGAGCCGCCUAGAAACGGCGGGCUGUAUCGCCACGGCAACAUCUCCAUGCAGUCAUUCACCCAGCGCGACCUGAAGAAGGGCCUUGUUUCGUAUCGCCAUGAUGACAGAAAGAACCUGGCGGACUCUUUCGACGUGACAGUGAAGGUUAAAGGCACUUAUCUGAACGCCAGAAUCAACGUUAAGGUUUACCUGGACAGCCAUCAGAGGCCCCCUAUCCUUCAGCACAACAACACUUUACUGGUGGAGGAGAGCAAGCCUGUGAAGAUUGACCAGAGUAGACUGGAGGUCAUCCACGAGGACAACUUGCCGUCUGAGAUUGUAUUUACAGUUAAGGCGGCCCCGCUACACGGGUUCAUCCGGCGUUUCGUGGAGGCUGAGGAGCAGUACGUUGGAACAGAACAGACCCCCGUCCAAACCUUCUCCCAGGAAGACGUAAACGCAGGCAACGUCCAGUACAUGCAGACAGCCCCCGGCCAGGUCAAUGACACCUUCCUAUUGGAUGUCUCCAACGGGGUCACGGAGGUCAACAAUAUCAGCAUGUCCGUGGACAUCAUCUCCCACCUCAUCCCUCUACAGGUGUUGAACUUCACCCUCAGAGAGGGCGGGUCCAAGGCUUUGACCCAGGAGGUGCUCAGGGUCACCAACCGACACUUCUCUGGCCUCAACUUCCUGUAUAGCUUGUCUGAACCCCCGCAGAAUGGCCACAUUGAACAUUCACGUUACCCCGGGGUUCCUCUACGGGUUUUCACCAGACGCCAGGUGGAGCAGGGGGUAAUCUACUACAUCCAUGACAGCAGUGAGACGUUAGAAGACAACUUCACUGUGGUGGCCAACGACACAGGCCUGAGGAAACAGAGCUCUCCCUGUACCGUGUACAUCCAGGUCACAGCCGUCAACGACCAGCAUCCAAUCAUCACCGCCAACAGGGUUCUCAGGGUGUGGGUGGGGUCGGUGACAGAGAUCCGCCCUGAGAAUUUGGAUGCCCAGGAUGAGGACACGCCCCCUGAGAAGCUGCAGGUGAUCGUGACUCCGCCCAACAAUGGCCACCUGGCGCUGAAGAGUGCCCCCACCAGGCCGCUCCUGAACUGUACCCUACAACACAUCCAUCUGGGACAGCUGGUUUAUGUCCACAGUGGUGCCAUGUUGGGAGGGUUCAACUUCCAGGUGAACGACGGAGUGAACUUUUCCCCCCGCCAGAUCUUCAGCAUCACAGCCAGCACCCUGGUCCUCAGUCUGGAGAACAACCAGCCCCUCCAGGUGUUCCCAGGUAACCUCUACCCCCUAACCCAAUGAUCCUGAAUCUGGAGAACAACCAGCCCCUCCAGGUGUUCCCAGGUAACCUCUACCCCCUAACCCAAUGAUCCUGAAUCUGGAGAACAACCAGCCCCUCCAGGUGUUCCCAGGUAACCUCUACCCCCUAACCCAAUGAUCCUGAAUCUGGAGAACAACCAGCCCCUCCAGGUGUUCCCAGGUAACCUCUACCCCCUAACCCAAUGAUCCUGAAUCUGGAGAACAACCAGCCCCUCCAGGUGUUCCCAGGUAACCUCUACCCCCUAACCCAAUGAUCCUGAAUCUGGAGAACAACCAGCCCCUCCAGGUGUUCCCAGGUAACCUCUACCCCCUAACCCAAUGAUCCUGAAUCUGGAGAACAACCAGCCCCUCCAGGUGUUCCCAGGUAACUAACUCCUCCCCCUCCAAGCUAAUCCCCCCCAGGUAACUCCUCCCCUCAGUUCCCUGAUCAUGAAUCUGAAGAACAUCAGGGCCCUCAAGGUGUUCCCAGGUAACCUAGAGUAACCCCUCCUUCAGAUAAAUACCUCAUUUGUCCAAUCCCAAAUUGACUCCAACCCUUUAUCUAUAC